AUGGCAACGUCACAUCAGCCAACCAUCAAAACGGCGGACCAGUCAACCGAAAGACCAGGGCAGAGCCGAGAACCCGAGAAGAGUGAUGAAGUUCAACAUCCCAGGCCGGACAUCCCCAGGAUCAGGGAGCACCUCGCAACCGAGAUUGGGGCAGGUGCAAGCCCCCAGGCUGAAGCCGCAAACAGCACCACUCUUCUGCAUACCAUGUUCCACCUUCUUGACAGCAUCGAAAUGUGGCUCGAGGUAGCCGCCCAGCAGAAAGAUCCUGGCUUCGAGAGUCCUAGACAGAGAAGAGAUGGUCGCGUCACACUACCAGCUUCCAGGACCCUUCAAGUGCCCCCUGGACCCGCCCGAGUGGCCACUAGCCCCCCGUCCUCACCGACUCGGACCGUCUUCUCGGCAACAGCCUCAUCUAUCCAGGGAAACCGGCCUCGCCCGAGCGAGUAUGAGAGAUCGUUGGUCGAUCUAAGACGCAACUUCGGCCUGGCGGCAAGCAGAUCCGAUCUCAUAGACGAUGGCAUGCCGUGGAGUGGGCUUGGAAUUAACCGCCAACACACCCCCACCCUGGCCAGGGUAAGCGAGGAUGCUGACCAGGAGCCUAGCGUCGCUCCCAAAAUGAGAAGGAGGAGAACGAUGGGUACUAUUCCUGAUAAGGGCCCAGAAGACCCCAAGACAAGGCCACCUGCCACGGAGCCGGCACAAGCUCAUGCUCCAAGGGUGGUGACGCUCUCAACGAGACCAUCAAACCCAAGGAGAGCCUCUGCGCCUGUCAGGUCCAGGCCAGUAAGAAAGGAGGGCAGCGCCAGGACCUCAUCGUCCCGGUCAAACAAAGAAAACAGCAGGUCAGGAAGGCCACCUUCAAUACACAGCGUGAAAUCGAUCAGGGCAGAGUACGCAGAUUUGGUUUCCCUUAUUGUGGACAACUGGCGACAGAGCCUCCUGCUCAAGCUCGAGUCGGCAAAAGAGCGUUACCGCGUCCGAGCGGAAAUUCCGCCUCCUGUGCAUCCUGAAGCCGAACGCCAACGGCGACUCGCGGAAAAGCCCCUCCCCUCCCUGCCUUCAUCGCCCCGAAGCUCUAGUUCGGAGCCGAAAAAUACUCUUGAGCCAAAGCGGAGGACAAGACCUUCUCGACGCCGUCCUCAAUCUGCAUACGUUUGA